AUGCGUGCGUCUGACGUUUUCAGUCGCUCGUUUGCAGUUCGCAUCGCAUCUAGCCUCGUCCCGCCUCGUGCCCCUGUCACGCUCAGAGGCCACGACGGCCUGCGAUCCUUUUUUGUUGGUUCGUGUCUGUACUGCGUCCCCCCGUCACUUGCCGCCGCUGUUGCUUUCGCCUCCACCAUCGACAUCACUAUCCGACACCGUCAGAGCCAACAACGUUCAGACCACCCUCGCAUCGUCCACGUGUGA